GCGUCACAGAGAGUAGAGUUAGGUUCGUGUUCACCUCUUCAGACUGCACAGCCCUAUUUAAAGAUCCAGGGAGCUUUCAUUUUAAAGUCCCCCUCUUCAUCCCACCCUGCAAGAUGAGCGCCGUUGUUUCAUGCCAAGACCAGUACUUUGUAGGGGGCCAGGGAUAUGAUUGCCCCUGUUCCGUCUCGACGUCAGCAGCCAAUGUUGACGUUUCCAAGGAAACAUUGUUCUCAUUCUGGGCCGCUGGUCUCCUGGACAACAGAGCCUGCCAGCACGAGCCACAUUCGCAGCAACGCUAUUAUGAGCUGGGAGCUGGCAUUCAAGACGACUUUAUUUGGACAGAUCACUUGUCCCCACAAUUGCAAAGAAACCAGCAGCUUCAGGAUACUUUGUUACAGAAAGAAGAAGAACUGGCGAGGUUACAUGACGAAAACAACAAACUGAAGGAAUAUUUAAAUUCUACUUUUGUCAAGGGCUUGGAGGAAAAAGCUAAGAUACUUUUGCACAAUGGUCCCAGAGUGGAUUGUAGACCCAGAAAUAAGAGGAGGAGGGUGCUUGGGGAGGAGGGUGUGCCCGCCUCCACUGCCAGUCAGCUGCUACCUGGCAGCUCCCUAAAGAAAGCCUGCAGGAACCUGUCCCUGGAGUUCUGCACUGCCGAGGAGCUGGCUCACACUCCCUCUGUGGACUCGUGGGUCCUGCGGACCCUUGGACUAAAGGACGUUGACACCAUCGACCAUUCAGCUAACUACAGUGAUCUACUGACCUCGCUAGACGAUCACAAUGCCCUCCACGCUGAUCCCGGGGUGGGAGUGGAGUACACUGGCAGCCCAUGCAGCUUAGAUUCCUGCUACCUCCCUCCGCUCUCCUCCUCCACUCCACGGGCUCAUGCCAUGCACCUGCCGGGCAGUGCCACACCCUCCCCGUUUAAAUCCCCUUACAGCGUAGACGUUUCCCGCAAUAAAACCGAAGUUGCCUUUACCAUGUCCCUCAACCCUCACCGCAGUGUGAAGACUCACAGCUUCGAGCAGGGGCAGGCUUUUGUGUGCAGAGAUGAUCAGGCCGGCUGGAAGUUCACAUGGGUCCCCAAACAAUCCGAGUAAUGCCUGCUGCAUUAGUCCUGCCAUCUGAAGAGCACAGACUUUACUGUUUACAUAAUAUCGAUGCACUUCAAUUUGCCUGGGUGAAAUGGGUCUUCUUUUGCUUCUUCACUUAUUAUUUUGUAUUAUUAUUGUUAUUAUUUUAUUUAUAGUCCGGGAGAAUGAAUGACCCAGCCCAAGUUAAUUACAAUGCCUAAACUUUUAAAAAGGGGGGAGAAAGACUUUAGCACAUUUACAAAUACCUAGGUGGAAUGUUACAGAAACUGAAAUCAGAGAAUACAGUAUUUUAUAGAACAGGGAUUAAUAAAUGGGCACAAUGGUCAUAUUGCAUGGCAAUAGCAAAAUGAACUGCAUAACAUUAUUUUUGUUUUGCAAAGGUGCACAAAGUACAAUAUAAAUGCAAAAGUAUUGCAGACGUUUUGGACAUAAGUGUCUUCAUUGUUUCCUUGCUGCCUCAAAUCUGUGCCUUUACAAACGUUUCUGUUAUCUUUAUUUUAGUUUUCUCUCUUUAAAACAUGUGGGAUUAUCCUAUGCUUGCCACUGUACUUACAGCCAGUGUCAAUUCUGUAACUGCUGGUGUGCACCUAACCUCUACUGCCUUACACAGAGAGCCAAUGUCUCCUUUUAUACACACAGAGAAACACUAAAGCCCUUUCCAAUGUUAAUAUGCUGCUGUUGAGAUGAAUUUCAUCUCUGGACACUAAGUAGAAGAUUUGUAAAUGGAAACUUUGUUCUUUGCAUUCUAAUCACAAUAACAUCAAAUGUAAUGUUAAUAUUGUAUUGUUGCGUCAUGUUUUCUACUUUUGUAAGAUACUCUUAAUUAAUUAUUUGUACAGAUAUUGUUUUAAUUGUGUGCGUUCUUGUAUUGCUAACGAGCCUGUGUAUAGACUGUAAAGUUGUUUUAUUUUGUAUCGUCCUAUUACUACAAUUUAUUAACCCUAACCCUAACUGAAAGUUCCUUGGUACAUUUUAACUAAGUGAAACAUUUACACAUAGCCAGUUACUGGGAGGCCCGAUGCAAGACUUCAGAUGUAAAUUUCACACUGUUAAUCCAAAUGUUUCAGAAUUAAAAAGAAAUG